AUGCCAAACAAAUACUCACACAGUGUCGUUCUGGCCAAUUACUCCAGUCGAGGCAUUAUCAGCCUGUCGAGGGAGGAGCAAUUGGAUAAUCCGAAGUCGCUGGCGGCCCCCCGGCAUCUCGCCGGUACGCUGCCACCAUUGCCUCAACAAUUCAUUUCCACGGCGAAAUCGAGAGCGAGGGCUUCUUCUGACCCUCUGGUUCAUGCUCGUUGUUCGACAUUGAAUACAACGUCUACAUCCUCAAGGUCGUCGAAACUACAGAGUGUUGUCUUUCCUGGUGCCAUAACAACUACCCAGCAGUCUCGAAAUGAUGAAGUAUCCAAUCGUAACCAGUCAACAGGAGCGAUCGAUGACACUCAUCCUCCAACCAGUGAGCGAAAGGUAAUCGUCAACUCGGAGAAUGAAUCCACUACGACUGGGAUUGCAGACCACGAUUUUUGGCCUUGUACCUCUACUACACCAAACGGAAGAGCGUCACCUGGUUCCUGCCUGUCCUCACCCUUUGUGCACCAUGUCGAAAGUCUAGAAUUCACUGUGGAACAAGAUCCAUUCAGAGCAGAGGCGAAACCAGCAUAUUAUCCCAAGAAUGCUAUUUUCAAACCUGAGCAGAAGCUCCUCUCGCCCAUUGCGGCACAGACGUAUGAGCCAAGGAGAGGUUUAAGAGGUGCAGCUCGAUCUCAAAAUCGGGAUGAUCUGCCAUUAUCUUGGCUAGGAGAAUCUUUGCAAGAUGGCCAUGCUGAGCCGCUUCUUUCCAUUCGGGAGUUUCUCGCCUCCUCGCCGAGAGUUACUGCAGGGGAGGACGAUGUGCACUCAAUUUUCCCACAGGCGACCCGCAACUAUAACACUAUACACAAGACGCCCGUGCUUCAAGCUGCGGCACAAAUCUCGAAGCUUCAAACAUCUCGUCGGCAGUCACUCAAUCGAGCCUGCAUCAACUUCGCUGACUUGUCUAGUGAUGAGGUCAGUAGGAACACCCAUGGACACAUCCCUCAAACGCCACCGGGUAAAUCACCGUCUGCAAAUACCUCGGUUUCGGAACUUGGUGCUCUAGACCCGAGCAUCUUGAAGUCGGCAGAAGAGUUUCCUAAUCUUCACGAUGAAUUUACUCUUGUAUCCGUGCUGCACACAAGAGACAAGUUCGGAAAUGAAGCGACAUUGAGAAGAGGUCCAACAGAGCCGCAAGUCCGACGACGGCCUUUCAGCCUGGGUAGCUGCGAGCUUCAAACCGCACGCCUGCAGAAACGUGCAGCGCUCUGCGGAAUGAAGACCGAGGAACCAGUAGGGUCCCUGUUCUCGCAUGGUCCGGUUGUAGAGUCAAGGCAUCUAUCGUGGUUGCUGCCAAGCAUGGGAUUGAAUGCUCAAAUCACAAAUGAAUGGCACGACGAGGCCCGAGUCUUUCCACAAUUGUCCAAAUCCGAAGGUCGUGCAGAUAUCACCAGCACAACCCGAGUAUCUAGUGCCGCACAACCCGACCAGCCAGAGUUCCAGCGUGUCGAGGCUGACUUCUCCAAACCCACUGACGACUGCAAGGACGAAGAGGUCUGCGAUCCCAUAGAUAAUGUUAUGCCCAAUAUCUACAUUCACAGACGCAGUCAUGAGUGGAUGCACGAGCAUCUUCUAGAAAUUGAUUCCGGGCGCAAGAUGUCGCCACCAUCAUCUCAGAAACCCAAAUUAAAGCCCAAACCGAAGUCAGAAGAAGAGAUAAGGAUGAAGAUCCCCACACCCAUCCCGUCUCCUUCGCUGCCAGCAAUGUCGCCCAAGAGAUCCGGUAGAAGAAUGGUCAAGUCACUACCGGGAUCGGUCUACAAAGUGUCAAGGCCUGUAACAAUGCCCGAGUUCGGUGUACCCUCCAUCGUGCGGUAUGAUGACCAGAGCGAGCACAUCCAUGAACCGAGCACGUCGAGGCCUAACUCCCGAUGGAGGUCACGGACAUCGCAGAAACAGAAAGACGAACCGAGAACAUUACGGAAGUUGGCAUCAUUGUCGCGAUUUCCCAGGAUGGGAGGUGUUGCAAGACGUGGCAUGGAGGCAGUACAACAGGACAGUGACAAUUGGACAUUACCGAAUAGCCCUGUUCCAAAGAAAACCGCUUCGAGGGCCAGUCCACCUGAGUCAUUCGCAACAGGAGAAGAAGCCGAGUCGAUGCCCAAGCCCAUAGCACUGAGACUCCAGCAUCAACAUCCUUUGAAUUUUAGCAGGCAGUUCCAGAAGGUGACCACUGAAAGCGGGUACACAGACGAGAUGGAUGAUAUGUUAUCUCUCUUCUCCAAUGACCAUGUCGUCUCUGUUGACAUUCAGAGCGGCUAUACAAGCAGCCUACACACUGCGGGAGAUGAAAGGGAGGACCCAGAGGCAGCCCUUCCUCCGCCAGAUAUAUCGCGCUACCGGCCCAAUCGCACCAGCUACUGGCACGGGCAGAUUCGUCAUUCACAAACUUCUCUCACAGCGCACUCUGGCAUCGCUAAUUCAAACACAAAUACAAGCACGAAUCGACGGUCCCGGGCCGUAUCGGAGAAUGCGAUGCCAUCGAUGUUCUGGGCUCUGAAUGCUAGUUCACCUCCGCCUGUGCCUCCCCGAAGCGAAGCUCGAAAAGCACAGGGAGAGAAAAGAGGCCGGAUGGGGACGGGAAUGAGAGCUCUCUGGGGACGAUUGUGGCGGCGCAUGGAGCGCUGA